ACACGCUAUUAAGUGUAUAUAAUCAGCGCAAGUGCUUUCAUUGCGUAUUAUUAAUAUUAUUGAAACUACAUAGUUAUGUUUACAGUGAUAUAUUGGGGAAGACAAUAUAUAUUGGGGUCGUGUCCCCCCCCCACCGCCGCUCAGGCACGCUGGAAGAUAACAUACCCAAUGGAUCCAGGAGGUACAGCCCGCCGUGGCAGUAAGGAUAAGCAAGUGGGGAUUCGGAGGAGUACAUGAGCUACAUCAUGGAUCCAUUGUCCAGAGACUGUAGCAAAGGCUCAUUGAAGGGUAGCAGUGCUCCCUUCUCCCCAGACACAGAUGGGGACGUUGACGGAGAUCCUGUGCAGCCCAGUGUGGACCUGGAACUCGCUCGUAAGAAGAAUGAGCUGGAGGUCAUAGAGGAGAAGAUAGCUCGCAAGAAAGUUGUUCUUGCUACACGAGAGCUUGAACACGGAGCUAAGGACAUGCCUAAAAAACAGACUGCAUCCACAACAGUGAAGGGCAUGUCUAAACAGACCAAUAUGGACAAUACAAUAUUCAAAACAUACAACAAUGUCGCCGACAGGUCGUCACGCGUAUGCCUACCUCUUAAACGGAGGGUGCUGGACAUUCUAAUAAGUAAGUUCAGAAGAACACCGCGACGGUACCUACUGCGUAAGAGAUAUUGUGACGAAAUCAAGUCAAUCACCACCUUCCGGAGACACCUGAAACCCCACCUCUUCAAGGAAUACCUAGGAUAGGGUAAGUAAUCCUUCUCACCCCCCCUAAAAAGAUUUAGAUGCACUAUUGUAAAGUGGCUGUUCCACUGGAUGUCAUAAGGUGUAUGCACCAAUUUGUAAGUCGCUCUGGAUAAGAGCGUCUGCUAAAUGACUUAAAUGUAAUGUAAUGAAAUCCUGAGGCCCAUUGUCGUGCCAUUCAUCCGUCACCAUCACCCCUUGUUUCAGCAUGAUAAUGCACAGCCAGCCCCAUGUCGCAAGGGUCUGUACACAAUUCCUGGAACCUGAAAAUGUCCUAGCUCUUCCAUUGCCUCUAUACUCACCAGACAUGUUACCUAUUGAGCAUGUUUGGGAUGCUCUGGAUUGACGUGUAGGACAACGUGUUCCAGUUCCCGCCAAUAUCCAGGAACUUUGCACAGCGAUUGAAGAGGAGUGGGACAACAUAUCACAGGCCACAAUCAACACCCUGAUCAACUCCAUGCAAAGGAGAUGUGUCGCGCUGCAUGAGACAAAUGGUGGUCACACCAGAUACUGACUGGUUAUCUGAUUCAUGCUUCUACCUUUUCUAAAGGAUACCCCUGAAGAAUCAAAACAAGAUGCGAGCAUUGGAUCUGAUGAUUAGAGCUCCCCUAGAAAAUGAAGAGGCCCGUCCUCUGAGACUGAGGGUUUUAAUGAACCAGCGACGCUAUCCCGACAAUGAGGAGGUGGUCCCUGAUGAUGAACCGCAUAAUCCAACCAUUCAGAGGCCACUUAAUUCACUCAGGACACAGGAGAAAGACAUAGCAGCCACAGGCUUCCAGCGCUUCCUCAAUGUCCUCAAUGAAGGGGUGGACCUCAACAAGCUCUCAAAGAUCGUCAACGACGAAAAUGGGUUACUCAUUGUGGGCGAGGAGCUACCACAAGUUUGGCCGACUCUGCCCGAGGAUCAUGUUGACUCCAGCAGUAGAUCCAAGUCUUCUCUAGUUGAGGAGAAGACGAAGGUGAGGCUUGAGGAUGAGCAGCGGCACGAGCAGAUGCAGACCCUGCUGGAGAUCGUUGGGCUGGACUUGGGGGUUGAGGAGUUGGGUCAGCUGACAGACAGGACCAAUGACAGGCUGUAUGGGAAGAUGGGAGACUUGAAAAGGAAGGAGUUCGAGAAUGAGAAGGGGGAAAGAGAAAAAGGAAAGCGAGCCUUCAUUUAAACAUCUCAGUACUUCCUCAUUAUCAUCAGACAGCGCCAGACCCCUUCUAAACCAGCACUCAAACAUGACCAUUGAAUACAGCAGCUCUAGUAACAGGGUAUGUGACAUAGAGAGACACAGGGACAGAUCUGAGAGGGACUGCCACCGACACUCUGGUACCAGAGACAAGGAAAGAGGGAGGGAGGAGGAUAUAGUCAGAGAAAUUGACAGAUCUGAAAGAGAUUGAGAGGGAGAUGGGCACAGACACUCUAGUACCGGAGAGAGAGACAAGGACAUACCGGUAGUCAGAGAAACUAAGUGAUCAGAAAGAAACGGAGAGAAAGACAGUGACAGAUCUGAGAGAGUCAGAGACCCAGAGAGAGACUGGGACGGAGGCCGAGCGAGAGACUGGGACGGAGGCCGAGCGAGAGACUGGGACCGAUCUGACAUGCACAGGGACAGAUCUGAGAGGCACAGGGACAGAUCUGAGAGGCACAGAGACUCGGAGAUCCACGUGGACGGAGGCCGAGAGAGAAACAGUGACGGAUCUGAGAGAGAACGGGUCAGAUGCAGAUCUGAGAGGCACAGGGACAGAGCGAGGUGCCUGCAAAGGGACAGGGACAAACAUUCUAGGACCAGAGACUGG